AUGCGAAAUUUCAUAUCUCCACCCAAAGAUUGGGAUUUCCAAGUGAAGAACGUGCCCCAGACCUCGAAGCGACAUAGAGACAAGUGGAUCAGCUUCAAGAGCAUCAAGUCGCCGUACAUUUUGAUCAAAGUAGGGAUGACGACCCAAUUGCCCAACGUGCGCAUCAAACAGUGGGAGUUGAAAUGUAAGCACGAGUUGGUCAAUAUGGGUCCCGCGAAUCUGCAUUUGGCUAAGCCGCAUUUGAGUUGGUGGCAGCGGAUGGCGAACUUGAGUUUGGAAGAUGGUCAAAGAGUAGAUGCAACGUACCGCAAUUUGCAAAACGAGGGGUUUUAUUGUAACGGGAAUUUGAAAAAUGUCGAGAUGGCGAUACAUUCCAAGCUAAGAGCAAAUUAUGGCAAGGGUGAUGUUUUCUGCAGCGGGUGUGUUUCUGACGAUGACCUCACCGUCAACAAAAGCACCAAAGCGGUGCCCUUAAGGCACAAUUUCAAAGUGCACGUGGAAUGGUUCUUGGUGCCCAAGACAGAUCUUACUCUGGUCUACAAAUUGAUCGACGAGACGUGCAACGCACACGCCAGAGCCAAUUGA